AUGGUGCAGCACAUAACGCAGAAGACUCAUAGUCCAAAGGUCCCAGAUUCGAAUCCCAUAGGUAACGUUUGGUUUACUACAUUAGACUUGAAAAGCGGGUAUUGGCAGAUAAAGAUUCGACCGCAGGAUAAAGAAAAAACGGCCUUUUCAGUUGGUAACGGUUUGUGGCAUGGAGUUCCUCUUGAAGUUCAUACUGAUCAGGGAAGGAAUUUCGAGUCGCGGAUCUUCCGUGAGCUGUCGCAUGUUUUAGGGAUAAAAAAGACUAGAACCUCUAAGCAUGAGACCACUGGUGUGUCUCCGGCGGAGCUUUAUCUUGCGCAGGAUCUCAGAUUACCAUUGGAUUUAUUACGUGGUAAUCCACCUGAUGAAGAGAGGUCAGAUUCAUUUGAGGGGUAUUCCGGUAAGGUAAAAAGAAGGCUGGAGGAACUCCAUGAAGACGUAAGGAAACGUCUAGAUAUUAAAUCUUCACAGACAAAAUCCUGGUACGAUCAAAAGACCAGACGAAUAGAUUUCGAAGUAGGACAGCGAAUCCAGCUGACGAUAAUACGAGGUAUUACGACAAUAACAACUUCUGGCGGCGGCUUUCGGCAGCAGCGUAAGAUGGAACUGAUGGAGGGCUGA